ACAAAGCUUGCAGUUGUCUUUUGGAUUUCAUUGUGAAAAGCCUUUGGGUAGUUUUCAGAUGACAGAAGAUCCUUGGUUCCUGAGAGGGAGGAGUUCUGCCAAAACUUUGAAGAUCCCUGUAAACUUUGCAAAUUACCCAUCUUUUGGAGACAAUUAUAUCAAACGAUAUUGUGGAUUACAAUACAUGAGAAGUGUUUAGAGCCUGGAAGAUUAUUUAUGUUUGGCAUUAGCUCUUAUGGUCAUAAUUUCAAGCAGAGAGAAAAGGAAUACACAGGAACCCUCUUAUUAUCUUUUGAAAUAUGAAGAUCAGAGGAAAAGAAGGGUUUAAAGUGUGGAGUGAUGGUCCUCAAAACCUGUCUGUAAAUUAGCUGGUAUCCAACAUCUAUAAAAACAACAAGGCAUAGAGCUGAUUUCCAGGCACAGAGUGGACCUCAUGAGUUGUUAGCAGUGCUUUGAGAUCUGAGUUUUCAUACAUUGCAGGAGGAAAUUGCAGCCUGUGGGCAGAGUGCCCAUACAAAUGUUUCCUCCUUGCUUGAACUGAUACAAGACUUGGAAGCCAAAUUCAGGAACUGACAUUCCACCGGUGGGGAAUAAAAAAAGAAGCAUGGACAGCAGUAAAGAUGAUGAUGGACUACUGAGCAGGAUUGCAUUUCCAGGAGCUAUGUCCCUGGCUAACAGCCACGUGCAUCCCCAUGGAGUCCCCCUAAGAGAGCCCUUUGGGGUUCCCUUCCAUCUGGAUCCAUCUUACUGGGAGCAAGCCUAUGGCGGGCACACAGGUCGCAUCUCCUACAUCCCAUUCCCUGGCUACGUGGGCAUCUAUGACUAUUCCUUUGAGCCUGCCUUCAUUCGAAAGAGGAAUGAGAGGGAAAGGCAGCGGGUGCGCUGCGUGAACGAGGGCUACACACGCCUGAGAGAGCACCUGCCCAAGGAAUUUGCUGACAAGCGCCUCAGCAAAGUGGAGACUCUGAGAGCUGCAAUAAGUUACAUCAAACAUCUACAGAGCUUGCUGGACUGUCAUCCCUUAGGGUCGAACAGUAAAGAAAUACUCUCUGCCAAGGAGCUCCCAGAAGCUCCCAGUCCUGGUCCCCCUCGGGAGUGCAACAGUGAUGGAGAGUCCAAAACCUCAUCAGCUUCAUCCCCCUACAGUGAAUUUGAGGAGAUGGGCAGCUAGGUAACAGCCUGUCUGGAGACAGAAAACUGAAAACCAAAUCUAAAACCCUGGGAAUUUUUCUACAGAUGAAAAUGAAUACCAGGAAAAGGAAAAGCAUCUAGGGAAAAACAGAAAAGGUAUUUUCGAUCUGCCAAAGGACUUUAACUGUUAUCUGUACAAAACCUUAAGAUGAUUUGUAAGCAAACAGAUAUAUCUCAGGUUGCUUCAGCUGUGUUACUAAGCUUCCUUUGGACUGCUAAAACUGAAGCAAUGUUUGCAUUCUAGUUUUCAUUCAGCUUUUAUUCUAUUCAUCUAUUUUCUUUUACCUUUCACUUGAUGAGACAGCAAAAUAAGAUGAAUGCAUUUAAGGAAAUUCCCCUUCCCUUUCUCCUGCUUCCUCCUGUAUGUUUUAUUGGCUGGUUUUCCUGACUGCUAACCUGAGAUGCACUGGCUUGCAAAAACAUGGAGUGGGAAAGGUAAGAUUUAGAUAAAAUGUCUUUCCCUAAAUUUUUAGGAAACUCACAAAAAUACUUUUUUUUUCUGAAAAGGCAAUUAAAAAUAUAAAUGAGGCUAUAUUUGGGAAAUAAUUUAUCUUAUGGCAUCUUUGAAAGUGAAAGAAGCAACUCAUACAUUGGACACUGGCAAUCUGGUGAUUAUUUGAAGGACAGUUUUCAGGAAAAGAAAAUCUGACACUUUCAUUUUAAUCAAUACAAAAAAAGAGGAAACAAAAUUGUGUAAAGCUGCACCUUCAAAAGAAAAGCUCUGCUCAUUAUACUGAAAAAAUGUUGCCAGUCUUUUUCCUCCUUUUCUGAAAAUUGAGUUUGUGGAUAAAAUAGUCUUGACUGUAUCUUUUUGGCAGGUUUGAUAGAAAUACACUUGGAAGUAUGUUCCCGUAGUGGUUAGAUACCAGUGUGUACAAAAGGGGUAACAUUGAAUAUAUCAGUUUACAUCUGCAUGAAAAUUUCGGUAUUUCUCCUUUUGUUUAGAAUAUUGUAAUACUUUUUCAUAGAGUACACCUUUUAAAAUUAGUAUCUCAAAUUCUAUGGACUACCUUUAAUUUGACCAUGUCUACUUAAAAUGAGAAUUUGUCUCCAAAUUGCUCUAAAAUCUUCCUUUCUCUGAGACCAGAUCUAAAUAACAUUUAGCUGUGUCUUAAAUCCCAUGCUGAGUAUGGGUUAAACGUCUUCUUACCCAUACACUUUCAAACAGACUUUUCAAAAUUCUGCCUUUUUGCCCUAUGUUGGUGAAAUGGAUUUGUAUAUUUUAGUCUUUCCUUCAUGUCAUGCUGACUCAACACCUGAAAAAAAUACUUGUGUAUAAAUACUGAUGA